UCCGUAUCCCUGCAGCAUCACGCUGCACUUCUGCAGCACUAACACUCACAACACAACCUCGAGAGAGCGAUGCACAGAAGCACUCUUUACUUUACUAUCAUCCGCUCGCCUCGCGGACUUUAACGACGGAUUCGACUCGCAAGAUGCUUUGAUUCGCCGCAGAUUCAUUUGAGACGUCAUCAAACGGAUCAUUCAUCCUGAUUGUUUCGCCUGUCUAUAAACGCCAUUCAUCUACAGAGGAGCGCGCGAGUUAUUCAUAGAUCAGAAGAGAAACGCAUUGUUGUAUCUGAAGGCGGCUUUAGUGCAGCAUCGCAGGAUGGCUGAUGUCAGCGCAGAAUGCAACAUCAGGGUUUUGUGUCGCUUCAGACCCCUGAACCACUCCGAAAUCCUCCGAGGGGACAAAUAUAUCCCCACAUUUCAAGCAGAUGACACUGUCAUCAUCGGGGGGAAGCCGUAUGUUUUUGACAAAGUCUUUCCCACGAAUUGCACACAGGAGCAGGUGUACAACACCUGCGCCAAACAGAUUGUCAAAGAUGUUCUGGGCGGUUAUAACGGCACCAUCUUUGCGUACGGACAGACGUCAUCUGGUAAAACCUACACUAUGGAGGGAAAACUGCACGAUCCUGAUGGAAGGGGAAUCAUCCCGAGGAUCGCUGAAGACAUUUUUAACCACAUUUACACCAUGGAUGAAAACCUUGAGUUCCACAUUAAGGUUUCCUAUUUUGAAAUCUACAUGGAUAAAAUCCGUGACCUACUUGACGUGAGUAAGACAAACCUGUCCGUGCAUGAAGACAAGAACCGAGUUCCCUAUGUGAAGGGCUGUACUGAACGUUUCGUCUCCAGUCCUGAAGAAGUGAUGGAUGUUAUUGAUGAAGGCAAAGCCAACCGCCACGUCGCUGUUACAAAUAUGAAUGAGCACAGCUCCAGGAGCCACAGCAUAUUCCUCAUCAACAUCAAGCAGGAGCACGUGGAGACCGAGCAGAAGCUCUGUGGGAAACUUUACCUGGUGGAUCUGGCCGGGAGCGAGAAGGUGAGUAAGACAGGUGCAGAAGGAGCCGUCCUGGAUGAAGCCAAGAACAUCAACAAGUCUCUGUCCGCGCUGGGGAACGUCAUAUCAGCUCUGGCUGAAGGAACCAAGACCCACGUGCCGUAUCGAGACAGUAAGAUGACGCGGAUCCUGCAGGACUCUCUGGGAGGAAACUGCAGAACCACCAUGUUCAUCUGCUGCUCUCCUUCUGCCUUCAACGACGCCGAGACCAAAUCCACCCUGAUGUUCGGACAACGAGCAAAGACCAUCAAGAACACGGCGUCUGUGAACCUGGAGCUGACAGCAGAGCAGUGGAAGAGGAAAUAUGAGAAAGAGAAGGAGAAGAACAAGAACCUGAAAGAGAACAUCCAGAGACUGGAAGCGGAGCUUAACCACAAACAUAACAGUGAGUCUGUCACGCCGCUGGAUCUCAUGGCUGUGAUUCCUGUCGAAUCUGAUAUCGGUGAAGACGCAGCUUUAGACAAUCAGAACAGCAGCGUGUGUGAGCGAAUCCCAGAGGAACACAAGCUCAAAUAUGAGGAAGAGAUACGCAAACUCUACAAACAGCUCGACGACAAGGACGAUGAGAUUAAUCUACAGUGUCAGCUGGUGGAAAAACUGAAGGAGCAAAUGCUGGAUCAAGAAGAGCUGCUAGCAUCGUCACGUGGAGACGGUGAGCGUGUGCAAUGCGAGUUGAGUCGUCUUCAAGCGAACAGCGACAGCGCGAAGGCCGAGGUGAAGGAGGUUCUGCAGGCGCUGGAGGAACUCGCUCUGAACUACGACCAGAAGAGUCAGGAGGCCGAGGACACGAGGAUCCACAACAAACGCCUCAUCGAGGAGCUGUCGCAUAAAACUUCGGAUCUGAUGUGUUUGGAGGCGGAGUUUUCCCGGCUACAGGAAGUGAGUGGCCAGCAGAGGAAGCGCAUCACUGAGGUGUUAAACACUCUGAUGAAGGACCUCAACGACUUCAGCUUCAUUCUGGGAAACGAAGAUCUCAGACUGCCGUGUGACCUGUCGGGUGUGCUGGAGGAGGAAUACGCUGUCGUGUGUGUGUAUGUGAGCAAAGUCAAAUCUGAGCUGAAGUCGGUGGUGAAACGCUGCAGACAGCUGGAGUCUUUACAGGCCGACUGUCACCGAAAGAUGGAGGAGACCGGCAGAGAACUGUCAUCCUGUCAGCUGCUCAUAUCACAGCAUGAAGCGAAGAUCCGCUCUCUGACUGAAUACAUGCAGAACGUGGAGCUCAAGAAACGGCAGCUGGAGGAAAACUACGACUGUCUGAGUGAAGAACUCGCCAAACUACAGACCGCAGAAAGUGCUCAGGAUAAUCCGCUGGACACAGACGAGUCUGGAAACGGAAAGAAAGCAGACGCUCCGCGUGAGCCGCAGCACAAGCAGCUCGGCCGUCUGCGCGACGACAUCAACCACAAACAGAAGAUCAUCGACGAGCUCAAAGAUGAUAACCAGAGGCUGAGUCUGCAGCUGGGGCAGAUGAGCGUGGAGUUCAGCGUCCUGAAGAAGCGCGAGCAGGAGAAAAGCCGACAGCUGGAGGAGCUCAGAUUUCUGCACGAGCGUCAGGAGCAGACCAGGCAGGACAUGAAGGGUCUGGAGGAGACCGUCGCUCGUGAACUCCAGACGCUCCACAACCUGAGGAAGCUGUUUGUUCAAGACCUGACAGCUCGAGUCAAACGGAGCUCUGAGCUGGAGCUGGACGACAGCGGAGGCUGUUCCACACAGAAACAGAAGAUCUCCUUUCUGGAGAACAACCUGGAUCAGCUUACAAAAGUUCACAAACAGCUGGUUCGUGAUAACGCAGAUCUGCGCUGCGAGCUUCCGAAGCUGGAGAAGCGUCUUCGGUCCACGGCGGAUCGGGUUCGAGCGCUGGAGGACGCGCUGAGAGAAGCCAAAGAAGGAGCGAUGAAGGACCGCCGGCGCUACCAGCAGGAGGUCGAGCGAAUCAAAGACGUCAUGAGGGCCAGAAACGGCUUCCGACGGCCUCAUGCUGCGCUCAUCGCCAAACCGAUUCGCCCAGGACAUUACCCCGCCUCCUUAUCCGUCAAUCACACAUUCCUGCGCAGCAGGGAUCAGCCAAUCACGUUCAGCAAUGCCAUGUUCAGCAGCGCCACUGAAAAACCCCAAACCACACAAACUGAGUCCAGUUUCACCAACAAGACGCUGUCAGAGGACGAGAGACAUGUGAACAAACUCAUCAUCACCAACGGAAAUCCCACAGAUGUGAACGAGAACAGUGUGUGUCACGAUGAGCCAGCAGACCAUCUCCAGCACAAAAACAAGCUUCAAGAGCCGCACGCCACCAGCUAAACACACAGGCGAUCUGUUCUUCUGAAUCCUCCUCUGUAUAUUUGCAUGUUGCCUGCAGAUCCAGUGAUGAAUAUGAACCGUCCGCUCACUCUAAUCUGUCAUGUAACCUCAGAUCGUGAAGAUGAAACGCUUCCACUGCGAACGACGCCAUGAGCAGAAGAGUUUAUAUAUGCGAGGUCAAGCAGUCGUCAGCCAACGGCUCGUUCUCAGAAAACAAUGCCAUUUCUACCAGAACAAUUCAAUAAUAUUUUCAUUUAGCAUUUUCUUUGCAAAGGUUUUCAGCAACAAAUGUGGGUUUUCAAUAAACCAUUUUUCACAAGUCUUUACCAAUUACUACCUACAGUACAAUAUCGCUCUUUUUUAACGUAAUAAUUAUUAGGAAUUAGUAAAAACUCCACAGUGAAAGAAUUUAAAUAAUUUAUUUUAAUUUAAUUUAAUAAUUAAAUUAACCUUAACAUUAAUUAAAAAAUAAAGUAUAACAUUAAAUUGUACAUUUAAUUUAAUUUAAAAUUAUAAGUGUUAAAUUUAAUUUACAAUUAAAUUAAAAUGAAUAAUUUUAUUUAAUAAUUCAAUUUAAUUCGAAUAAGCCUUUGUAAUGCAUUAAUAAAUGUGGCCAAAUUAAAUGAUUACAUUUAAUUAUUAAUUUGAUUUCAUUUAGAAUUCAAUAAAAUAAUUUAAUUUAAUAAUUCAAUUUAAUUUGAAUAAUCCUAUACAAUGCAUUGAUAAAUGUGGCCAUGCAUAUUACUAUUCUAAUGAAAAACAAACAUUUAAAAUCAUAAAAUAUCAGUUCUUUAUACGGUAUCGGUAGAAAUUCCUGAAGACACAUAUAUGAUAAAUGGCAGUGUUUCCUAAAAACGACCCAGAAACAGAGCGUAUGGUGGUGUUAGUCAUUGUUGACAUUAAUGUGAUGUUAUUAUGAAAUUCUGUAGCUAUUUUUACGUAGCUGUAACUAUUUUUAUACUCAUAUUUAAAUGACAGAAUAGCUUUUGUGGUCCGGUGUGUUUGGUAUGCGCUUUGACGUUAAAGAUAUUUGACAUUAAAUAUUUAAGUUCAAGUCAGAUGAUAAAAAACGAAACAUAUUAACAAUUCUAAGUAGAUCGGAUUGUUCCUAGAAUCAACAUACCUCAUAAAUGCAGUUGAGAAAUGAUCAACUUUACAAUUGCUAAACGUGUGAUCAGACACAUCAGUCAGUGUGACCUCUGAUCACAUGACCUAGAGUCUGACCUUUGACCUCUCUACAUAUCCUGAUCUGCCAGUCAGGAUGAGACGGAGUCAGACUACGAGAAAAAUAUAGGUAACAAUUUAAAGGUUCUGUAAGUGAUUUUAGCCAUUCUGCACCAUAAAUAAACAAACAAACAAAUAAAUUUUAGCCUAUAUAAAAAUUGUAUUAUAUUUUUUAAAAAUUAUAUGAAAUUUCUAUAUAGGCUUUAAUUAAAGUGUUGCAUUUUACAUCUUAAAAAGUCCAUGAUUCUACAAAGACUUCUCGCAGAGUUUUAAUGGAUUCUCAUGUGGCUGUUUUCUGCGUCUUUUACCAUCGGCCUUCAGCUUCUGCUGGGAAAUAGUUACAUAAGAUCUCAUGCUGUUUCUCGCCUGGUUUUAAAAGAGAUUCUGCGCAUCUCAAGACACAUCUAAAUGUGAAUAACGCUGGUGAGGAUCUGUAUGAUGAAGGACUCAAGGAUGUGUGUUAGAAUCAGUUUUUUGUGGUUGGUUUUUGUAUUGCAUGAUGGACAAACAGGCCUGUCGCAGAACUUGCCGUUAAAAACCUUUCAAUAAAGAGAAUCCAGUCUGUAACACCUGUGUUUUUUGAAUAUAGUUGAUCUGUUGCCUAACUUGCUAUUAAAAAGUUUCAAUAAAGAGAAUCCAG